AUGGCGGCUCCUAACAAGGUGUGGGGGAACUUUCCGGGGAAAAGUAUGGAUGGGCUGCUAGCCACGAACCUUGGAGAUGCUUGUAUGAUCAACCCGUAUGCGGACAUGUGCUCUCCGCCCACUGGCAAUGAACUGGUGAUUCUAAUACGGCUAUGA